AUGAUGACCUGGCCGAAAUUUUCUCACCGUCUAGGAGCAAGCCAUGAGAUCUUCAUUAUGAAUAGUUAUGUUGGUUAUAUCAGUGUGUCGACUGUACUGUUUAUAUAUGGUCUAAGGCCAGGGCCGAGCGUGUGGGCGGAGUCUCUGGAUGUAGUCAAUUUAUCAGCGGUGUCAGGCGGAGACACAACACUGCCUUGCGACACUCGCUCUCCGCAACCGCCUGAUGCAUUGCUACUCGUCGUGUGGUAUAAAAACAACUUACCAAUUUACAGCUACGAUGGACGUGUAAAAGGGCCUUCUGCACACUGGGCGGAUGCAACGUUGGUGGGUCGUGCCAAGUGGCACCUUUCAUCAAACUCUGUGCUUCACAUCCGAAAUAUCGUUCCAGCAGAUCGGGCCCUUUAUCGCUGCAGAGUUGACUUUAAAGUAUCUCCAACAAGAAAUUAUAAGUACAUGCUACACGUGAUCGAACUUCCAGAAAAACCAAAAAUAUUUGACGAAAAAGACAAUGAGGUUAUAGGGACGGCCGGACCAUACGUAGAAGAUUCAAGUCUCAAGCUGAUUUGUGUUGUAAGUGGAGGUAAACCGAUGCCACGCAUACGAUGGUGGAAAGAGAACAAAGUUAUUGCUCAACUGGAUCCAGUCAAGAAUGAGACACGACUCAGUAUCCUGGAACUAAGGAUUCCCUCUCUAAAGAGGGAUCACUUCGAAGCAGUUUACGGUUGUACAGCAGAUAAUACUGACAUAGUGCCACCUUUACGAGCCAACGUGCAAAUACAAUUGUACUUGGGGCCAUUAUCAGUCGAAAUUUUGGAAAGAGAACAACCUUUGUCUGUGGGCCGAGAAACGGAUAUCGCUUGUAAAGCUGUUGGUGCUAGACCGCCUGCAACCAUAACUUGGUGGCUUGGGGAUAAAAAGAUGGUUGUAAAUACUCUACAAAAGAACUCCGAAGACCAUAAUGAGACGAUAUCGUUCCUACGCUGGACUCCGCGAAUGGAACACGACGGCCGAGUACUCACCUGCAGGGCAUCCCACCCUAUACUAGAACACGCCACUUUGGCAACUACUAUGACACUUGAUUUGCACUACGUUCCUAUAGUUCAACUUCAAUUAGGUUCAAAAUUGAACUCUAAUGAUAUUGAAGAAGGCGAUGAUGUUUACUUCGAAUGCAUCGUAAAGGCAAAUCCACCGUCUUACAAAGUUAUUUGGGAGCACAAUGGUCAGGUAAUGACACACAACCAACGUGCUGGAGUAAUAGCUGGGUCGGCGCACCUCGCUCUACAGGGAGUGUCGCGGGAUCAAGCCGGACAGUAUGUCUGUGUUGCUAGCAACGUGGAGGGGGAUGGACGAUCACUUCCAGUGUCUCUUCAUGUUAUUUUUACGCCAAUUAGAGAACCAAACUACGAGAACAUACCUUCCUUAUCUUCUAUAUCAUCUCUUCCGUCUGAAGCCCCUUUAUCAUCUCCUGAAAGUGCUACCAGGAAAACUCGAGCCCAAAGACACAUUACUCCAGUACUGGCUAAAAGACGAAAGAAAGUUCCGAAAUUCGUACUAACCUAUAAAUUGAAAAAAAGCGUCACCUUCCGUCACCAAGCAACAAUUUAA